UAGAUAAACUUUGGGAAAAUCCAGUGUAUAAUUAGUUAGUGUUAAUACGCAGUGAUAAAAUCAUUAUUAAUUAUUUCAAAAGUAUAAACACAGAGGGAGGGAAUUUGCGUGGACAAUAAUUAUUCUUUGAUGGCUACAAGUGGUGUAUAUAUAAGAUGUUAUGAUGUUUCGAAUAGUCGUCAGUAUCACAUUUGACUUGCUACGUGAUCUUUAGUAAAAAGUUUUUAUUUUAUAUUUUUGUGAUUAAAAAAAAACGUCACGAUGAAAAAUACACAGUGUUUUUUGCUGUUUUUUGUAUUGCUAAUUACAAGUCAAUCACAAGCAAAACCAGGAAUACUACUGGAUAAAGUUGGAUCAAUUUUGGAUCCCCUUGGAAUAUUUCACAAAGAUGCAACAGCAAAUGCAAAAAGUACAAGUUUAAAUAAUAAUUUUCAAUUAGGCCCACUUGGUUUUUCAACAUCAUUGACACAUGCUGAAGCAAAAGCAACAGCUAAUGGUAAUGGUGAUGCAAGUGCAGUUGCAAAUGCAAAUGCAAAUGCAAUUGGUGGAAAUGGAAUUGCCAAUGCCAAUGCCAAUGCUAAAGCAAAUGCAGUAGCAAAUGGUGGUAACUAUCAAGGAUCUGGUUAUAAUACCAAUCAAGGAGGCUACAAUAAUUAUUAUCAAGGUGGAUCUGGAUACAAUUAUGGUAACAAUGGUGUUGCCCAUGGAAAUUCUGGUGGAUAUAAUUCAGCAAAUUCUGAAUCUCAUUCUGGUAUUAAUAGCAAUGGAAAAACUUAUACAAAUUCAAAAACAAAUACACAAGGCAACGGUCAAGCUGAUGCAUCUGCCAAUGCACAAGGUCAUGAAGCUGGUCACUUUGGAUAUGUUGGUAAUUCCCAGUCGUCUUUAUACAACAACAAUAAAAGACCAACGCUUACAAUAAAUUUUAUUGAAAAACCACAUCCUCAAAGACAACAAACAAGACCUCAACAAGUUGGAUGUUCACGUUGUGAUGCUACCGCACAGGCAAAUGCAAUUGCUAAAGCUCUGGGACUCGGUCAUGUUUCAAAACCAAGUUAUAAUUCAAACGCAGCCACAUAUGGCUCAUCACACAAUCAAAAAACCUCAAACACAUUUAAUAUUCCAACAGUCCCGGUUAAUGGACCAUCUCAAUUUAAUCAACAGCUUCCUUUAUAUCCUCCACUUUCUUCACCCACAUCACCACAAGAUACUUUGGAAAUUAUUGUCAUCGAAGAACCAACAUCUAAUGUCGCUCAAUCAGGAGGUGGAUAUAAUCAAGGUGGAUCUUAUGGAGGUGGUAAUCAUUAUCAAGCCAAUCCUUUCUUGAAUCAAGCCAACUCUGGAGCAAAUGCAAAUGCUGGAGCAAGUGCAAAUGCUGCUGUAAAAGCUAUUGCAAGUGGUAAUGCUGGUUUCAAUGGUGGAUUGUAUGGUAAUUCUGGUUCCAAUGCUGGUGCAAAUGGUGGAGCAUAUGGUAAUAAACAAUAUGGUCAAUAUGGAAAUGGUCAAAGUGGAUACAAUGGUGGCUCACAAGCAAAUGCUCAAGCAAAUGCACAAGCUGGAAGUGGUUCAUCAGGAAAUAUUUAUCCAAGUGGUGGAUCAAGUGGUAAAUCUAAUGGUGGAUAUACUAUUCUCAAUGGUGAAACAGUUAAUCAUAAUAAUAGAAAUCCUGGAUAUACUAUUUUAAAUGGAGAUCAAGUUAAUCAAGGUUCAUAUUAUGGUAAUGGUAAAGCUGCCGAUAAUAGUUUCACUGUAUUAAAUGGAAACACAGUUAAUCAUCCAAGUAAAGCAUUACAUGACUCUUAUGGUAAUCCAAUAAAUGCCAAGGCUGAUGCAACUGCAACAGCAAAUGCUCAAAGUGUUGUUGGUAUUGAAAAUAAUAAUCCAUACGGAGGAGCUGGAAGAGAUACAGGACUAUCUUCAGCAAUUGCAAAUGCAAAUGCUCAAAGUAAUGCUGGUAGCGGAAAUAAUAAUCCAUAUGGAGGAGGAAGAGGUACUGGUUUGUCUUCUGCAAUUGCAAAUGCAAAUGCACAAGCUAAUGGAAAUGGUAAUGCACAUGCUUCAGCUGAUGCUUCAGCUACUUUUGAUACAAGAAGUGGGCUUAUAUUUUCUAAAUAAAUAACUUUUUCUUCUAUUUUAUUUUUUGUAUAUAUACGUGCCAAAUUAUAAAGACAUAAUAGAAAAAACAAUAUCAUAAGUAUUCAUUUUUAAAAAAUUAAAAUUGUACGUAUAUGUUUUAGUAUAAAAUAAUUUGGUUGUCAAUCAUUUUUUUUUUAAUAUAUAUUUUAAAACUUUGAACGUUUUAAUACUCAGGUUGGAACCGUGUCAAAACUUGUGAAACCAGUUUUUUUUUUUAUUAUUUUUUUUUUAUAACGAGCUGUGAGUACAUGGUUUAAAAUCUCUCAAACUAAAUAUAUAAGCUUG